GCACUAGACUGACCUCUGUUACUAGUGUUAAUAGUGUAAUAGAGGUUAAUAGUGUCUGUGUUUUUGAUGGUAUUGAAAAUACUGUCAGACUUUUUUAAUACCCUCGUAUAUCGUAAUAUCGUGAUACCGCCCAAGCUAGCCGUUACUAGCUACAUAGUAAUGUACAAAUGUGACAUAUCUGUGGUUUGCAGAAAUGCACAAUGAUUCAGGUUUUUUUCCUGGUGAUUGGGUCGAGUGUUGUGUUCUAACGCAAAGCUUAAAGUAGUAGAGUACAGGGACAUCGCUGUGUCUCCAGCUGGGAUAGUGCCACGGAAAAUGUGGUUGUUUUUUCCCAAGAUAUGUAUAUGAUAUAUUUUUCUGGUACAUAAUAAUGAACAAAUUUGAUGAUCCAUAAUUUGCAGAAAUGUACAGUGCCAACAUUUAUUCUUGCAUUUGGGUUGAAUCUGUAUUCAUGAACUCUCAGAGGAUUUUAUCUCUGUUCUUCUCAGAGUUUUGGUCUCUUUCAGCUCAUUGUUUUGGUUUUUACAGCCCACAACUUCACUGUUUUAGUCUUUGAGCUGUUAUCAACUUCAUUUCAAGCAGCAGGCAGCUGUCUUCAGUGAAAAGCCCUAAUAAACUCACUGUACAUGACCUGCACAGCAUCAAACAGCAGGCAGAUGAAGUUGGGAGCUAUGCAGUGAACAAACGGGAGCUUUUACCAGCUAAAGAACCAAAUAUUUUCCCGAGGAGUUGGUGGAAAUCAGGGGCCUCAUUUAUAAAACUCUGUGGAAAAUCUAGACUAAAUGUUUGCAUACGUACAAAUAAGGAAAUGUACAUAUGCCAAAAAAUAUACUGAUUGAUAAAACAAUGCGUGAACCUGCCUGUGCGCAAUAAAUCUCAAAUCAAUCUGAAAUUGUCCGCACAUGGACCAGCUUCAUAUCCCGCCGUCUGCACGCCCACACUCAACCUUAAAUGGUGAAUGCAAAGCACCUCAUUAAUGCUGAUGCACAGACACGAGCUGGCUGAUCGGUGGUUCUUUACGGUAAAUCAUAGCAAUGAAGGACGGAAAGGAAAACCAAAAAAACAAAUAUUCCUGACGCAGAAAUCGAGGUGCUUGUAGGUAAGCUGGAGGUUUAAAAGCACAGGGCCUCUCGUUUGGUGGGCAGUGAGGUCACAAACUAAAGAUAAGGCAGAAAUAGAAAAAAAAAGGUCAGAUCUAAAGAUGGGUGUCAAAAAAUGAGAACUGCACCCUGAUGUCUUUGCUAAUUUACACAAUUCGUAUGUGCAGAUGAUGAAGAUGUGCUGGAUGAGGAGUACCGCAGUGACUCCAGGUCGCUCUGUGUUCCUGACAGUACUCUCUUGUUCCCUGCAGCCAUUUUACACAUAAAAACUAUGUAAAAACUAAAAUGGUAGCUGGUGAUAGGUGCUAUGAAUAAAGUUCUGGCUCAUACUCACAUCUAAUUUCCACAAUCUGGCUUCAGUUCACUACCUCGCCACCUGUGCUGCCAAUUUCCUGUCUUCAAAAUGUGCGCACGCAUGGGUCAGAGUUACUUUAAUUCUUUAAUAACCGCACAUUUCCUCGUCUAGGUUUAAUUUAUAAAUCCCAUUUAAUGUGUAGAGAGUGGCAUACACACAUUUCAAGCCCUUUUCUGUGCGUACACAGUGGUUGUAAAUGAAGCCCCAGAGCUGUGGACACAACACUGGCAUGGUUUCACUUUCAAAGUUUAUAUAGCAAAGUUAGCAAACAGAUGCGUAUUUACACAUCCAGCAGAUGCAGAGCAACAUUAGCAUUCAUCUAGAGUUGUGCUUCUGUCCAUUUGCCCAGUAUUCAUGAGUCUCCAUCAAGUCAUGAGAAAAAUAUCUGGCUCCUUAGCAGCUUCAAGCUCCACCAUGUUCACCAGCUAGUUGCUUAUUUUGUGCGCCUAACAUUUGGUGCUGAGCAGGUAGAGCAGAGUGGACGACUCUCCAGACUCCAUAUUUAACACCACCUCCUUAAGUGUUAAAUACUCACUGCUCACAAACACACGGGUGUUGAAGUCAGUGGAAGUAUUUUCGGCAUUAAACUUUUCAGCAGAGACGUCAGCUGAUGGUGAGAACCACAUGUGAGAAACACACACUCUCCUGUGCACAUGGUGUCACCACACACAUUCAUGUAUUACACACAGUAUCUGCAAAUACACCCACAGCUCGACUGUAGUAGAUUUCAUGAGUGCUGGCAGCGUAAAGGCUGCUCCCCCUUUCUCUCCCUCCCUCCCACCUCCCUCUAUCUCUCUCCUCUCUCCAUCUCUCUCCCUCGCUCCCUGUGCAAUUCUUUGUUUUUGCUGCUUGUGCAGCCGCGGAGCUCUUUUAUUCAGUUUUUUGUUCAUCUCUUGAAGAGAGAAGCCUCCUCCUGCAGAUUUCCUUUUCUCUCUCUUGUCGUAUUAUCUCUAACUCUGUCCCUUUCUCUCGGUCUGUAUUUCCUAUGCAUCUCCCCGUGGCUGAGGGGAACAGGGACUUGACUCUCCCCUCUUCCUCUCCUCCUGCUCCUCCUCCGCCUCUCCCUCCUCUGCUUCACCUCUCGUCCUCUCACUUCCUAACGGAGGGAUAAUGUUCUAUUUCCAGCUGGUGAUCAUGGCUGGGACGGUGCUGCUGGCUUACUACUUCGAGUACACGGACACCUUCCCCGUGCACAUCCAGGGCUUCUUCUGCUACGACAAGACCUUCUCUAAGCCCUACCCCGGUCCGGACGACACCAGCAAGAUCCCGCCCGUGCUCAUCUACUCACUCGUCACAGCCAUCCCCACCCUCACGAUUCUUGUUGGAGAGCUGUGUGCCUUUUUCACCAAGGCAGAGGGAACCCAGGAGAAGACCAUAGUGACUGCAGACUGCUGCUACUUCAACCCCCUGCUGAGACGUAUAAUACGCUUCCUAGGUGUCUAUGCCUUCGGCCUGUUCACCACCACCAUCUUCGCCAAUGCGGGCCAGGUGGUUACAGGAAACCAGACGCCUCACUUCCUGUCUGCCUGCCGCCCAAACUACACAGCGUUAGGCUGCCAGUCCACCAUGCAGUACAUCGCAGAGCGCCGCGCCUGCACAGGCAACCCGCUGAUCGUCAUGUCUGCGAGGAAGUCCUUCCCGUCCAAGGACGCAGCGCUCAGCGUCUACUCCGCAGUGUACACAGUGAUGUACGUGACACUGGUGUUCAAGACCAAAGGCACGCGGCUGACCAAGCCCACCAUCAGCCUCACGCUGCUCUGCCUGGCCAUGCUGGUAGGCGUGGUCAGGGUGGCUGAGUACCGCAACCACUGGGGGGACGUCCUGGCGGGAUUCUUCACCGGGGGAGCCAUCGCUGUGUUCCUGGUGACUUGUGUGAUUAACAACUUCCAGCAGAUGCUGCCGAGUCCUCCUCCACUGCGACCCCAGCGCCCUGAGUCCGUGCUGGGCAUGCCGAUGGUGACGCUGCCCUGUGUGGAGAGUCCACUCGAAAAACUCCGCGGGGAUCUCCGUUCACCGAGAUCACAUGACCAUCAGCCCUAUCGGUUCCCCGCCACCCCCGAUGUCCUCAUACCGUCUCGCUCCAUUUCCAGCGAAGUCUAGACCAGCCGGAGCAGCACUCG